AGUAGCAUCUGUUUAGUUGAUAUCAAGACAGCGAAGUAGUAGUCAAACAAAUAUAAAGAACUUGCAAAGAUUUUAAACAAGAUCAACGCAAUGUUGUUUAAAUUGUUGCUGGUAGUGCUGUGCACACUGGUACAAUCAGAUGUUUAUCUACACAACCCAAGAGGGAGCAACAACAGACUUGAUGAGCAAGGAAGAGAACGUAAUAAUGCAAACCGGAUGUUCAAUUCUCAAAAUAACAACCGUGGUGGUUACAAUGUUGGAAACAUGAUAUAUUAUGAAGGAUCACAACUUACGAUUGAGUGGACAAAUCAACAUUCUUGUGGUGGACCAAAUGCUAAUUGUGAUAUCAUUGUGCAAUAUAUGUGCAGUAAUAAUCUGCGCGACGGCACUACAACAAGCACAAUUCCUGAUUGGUUUCCUAAUGAUUGUGCAAACAAUGAUUGUACCACUGAUAGAUCAAAGUAUGGCAUGAAUGAAGAUUAUGACUACUAUUUAAGAUGCAUAAAAACAAUGAGAAACAAAGGAUUGUUAACAGCUGAUCAGAAAUUGAAUGGAGAUACUGCACAGUAUACUCGUCAAAAUAGCGGAGGUACUCGUUAUGGAUAUGAGUGUCAAGAAGAAAGAGACUACUAUCCCUAUUGGAGGCCUACACCUUGGAAGGAUAUUGUUGUGAUGACAAAUGAUGAGAGCCGUUGUAAAUUUUAUAAGAGUGAAAGUGAGAAUGUGAAAUCAAGGUUCAUUUGCCAGCCUCCAGAUGGUUAUAUGGAUGCCCUGAAAAAUUGGAAAGCAUGGACAUACUUACCAAUCACAAAAGAAAAUUGUGAGAAACUAGAGUGGCCACAGGGUUCUGGAAAUUUUGCAAAAUGGAUAGAAAUAAAAAGUAAAAAUAUAGACCCGCCAGAUUGCAUUCAAUCACCUAUGUCUCGAGAUAAUCAUAAUGGAAAUGGACCUGGAGGAUUUGCUAACACAUACAAUUGGACAAUACCAAAAGAUAUUAGUGAGAAUUGUGCUCUUCGUCUGCGCUAUAAUAUUUCAACUGGUGAUUUGUCAAACUACAACACCAGUGGAGUACAAGUUGCUAGUGUAUGUGAAUGGAGCACUCUUACUCUUAAUACUAAUGGUCUUGGAACAAUAAAAAUAUUAGAGGCAAACUAUGGUCGAACCUCAGCAACUCAAUGUGGCAGCAGCCCCAGUUAUAACACAAAAUGUAACAAUCAACAAAAGUCACUCCAAAUUGUUAAAAGUCUCUGUGAAUCUCAAACUUCUUGUUCUAUUACUGCUUCAAAUAAUGUAUUUGGUGAUCCAUGUGUUGGAACAUACAAAUAUCUUGAAGUGAAAUAUACUACUACGAUAGUAACAAUCGGACCUUUAGUUGGACUAUCAGACACUGAAGCCAAUAAUAGAGGAUUUGUUUUUAAAAAUAACCCUGUGGUCCAACCAUUGAAAACAGGUAAUCCUUCUUUGGAUGCAAAUCUACAGUUACGACUAGCUAUUAACACUGCUCAAUAUGGUAGAACAUUUCAAGAUAGGAGUCAUCGAUUUAUAAUUAGACCACGUCCUUCUGGAUUUGAAAAUGUUAAUAUUUACAAUCUAAAUGUUCGUGGCAAGCGAGGAAAUAUUGUCCAAGUAUUUCCAGCAGUUGAAUAUGACUUUGUUCCAAAUCGUCUUGUUGUAUCAGCUUCAGAUGCCGUGCAUAUACAGUGGACAGGAUCUAAUACGAAUCCAAAUGAUAAUGCUGGACAAGGCACAGCUGGAACUGAUCGCUCAAACAUUAUUUUAUUAAAAGAUCAAAAUUACCCAGAAGGCAAUCUUGGGCAAGCAGUUCUACCUGCUUAUAAGAAUGGUCAUUAUGGAAAUAACUAUCCCAUGCUUUUAAACACAUCAAAAAGUUUCUUAGGACUUGGUUUGAAUGAUGCCACUCUGCUAGCUUUUUUAAAUACUGAUUUGAUCAGUCCAAAUCCUUUGCUAAACGAUGCUCCACGAUACUUCAAUAUGGGUCUUCGUCGUUUGUCAAAAAAUGCAGUAGGAACUUACUAUUAUAUGUGCACUAGAAAUAAUAACUUUUCUAACCGCAGUCAAAAAGGUAAAAUAGUCGUUUUACCAGAAAAAAAUACUCCUGUUUUGCCACAGAUAAGUGGUGGUAACGUUUUACCGCAAGCGAACCGUGACUGGCCCAAUCAUGAUACCAAGACAAGCCAUACGAAGAAGCAGUAUCACCUGAAUAAAUCAGUUUUAACACAGAAGCGCAAUAAACCAAUUUCUGUAUAGUGGUUGCUUUAUGUAAAAUUUAAAUUGAAUAAUGUCAGGCACAUUAAUUGAUAUCAAUUGAUUCAAUUCCAGUCUUUUAAGCAAAUCCCAGUGUCGAAGAGAUAUAAUUUACUGGUGUAAUAGCUUUUAAUACUUUUGUCUGCAAAUAAAUUUUUCUAGAAACAAUAAUAAUGCUUGUUUAUUUUUUUUCUUUAUUUGCUUAAUUAUUCUUUUUAUUAUGUAUUAUAAGCACAGUACUUGUAUUUAUGAGUUUUCAUAUAAACUAAUACUUUAUUAAA